ACACCUCCACUUCCAUUUAAACCUGUGUGUGUCCUGUGUGGGUCUGAGCAGCCAGCUAUUCGCUGCCAGGAGGAUCUUCUCCUAAAACUCAUUCUCAUGAGACAGGAGUUGGCUCUGGAAGUCCAAGUCCUGUUAACUAAAUCCCCCUCGGUUAACUAAAGCCAUUCACACUCCUCUGUCCUGCCCUCCAGCCUCGCUGUUCCUCACUCCUCCUCCUCCCUGGCGUGGCCAACAAUGACCACCAUGGUCAACGUGGACGCCCUCCCGGAAUAUGAGAAGAGUCAGAUCAAGAGAGCCCUGGAGCUGGGCACCGUGAUGACCGUGUUCAGCUUCCGCAAGUCCACCCCGGAGCGCAGGACCGUCCAGGUGAUCAUGGAGACGCGGCAGGUGGCCUGGAGUAAGACGGCCGACAAGAUCGAGGGCUUCUUGGAUAUCAUGGAAAUCAAGGAAAUCCGCCCAGGGAAGAGCUCCAAGGACUUCGAGCGUGCAAAGACAGUCCGCCAGAAGGAAGACUGCUGCUUCACCAUCUUGUAUGGCACCCAGUUCGUCCUCAGCACACUCAGCUUAGCAACGGACUCGAAGGAAGAUGCAACCAAGUGGCUCUCUGGCUUGAAAAUCUUACACCAGGAAGCGAUGAGCGCGUCCACACCCACCAUCAUUGAGAGUUGGCUGAGAAAGCAGAUUUAUUCGGUGGAUCAAACCAGAAGAAACAGCAUCAGCCUCCGAGAGUUGAAGGCCAUCUUGCCCCUGGUCAACUUCAAAGUGAGCAGUGCCAAGUUCCUCAAGGAUAAGUUUGCGGAAAUAGGCGCAAACAAAGAUGAAUUCAGCUUUGAACAGUUCCAUCUCCUCUAUAAAAAACUUAUGUUUGAACAGCAAAAAUCGAUUCUUGACGAAUUCAAAAAAGAUUCCUCCGUGUUCAUCCUGGGCAGUACUGACCGGCCGGAUGCCUCCGCGGUUCACCUGCAUGACUUCCAGCGGUUUCUCUUACAUGAACAGCAGGAACUUUGGGCUCAGGAUGUGAACAAAGUCCGUGAGAGGAUGACAAAGUUUAUCGACGACACGAUGAGGGAAACCGCGGAGCCCUUCUUGUUUGUUGAUGAGUUCCUCACGUACCUGUUUUCACGGGAGAACAGCAUUUGGGAUGAGAAGUAUGACGUGGUGGACAUGCAGGACAUGAACAACCCCUUGUCUCAUUACUGGAUCUCCUCGUCACAUAACACGUACCUCACAGGUGACCAGCUGCGGAGUGAGUCGUCCCCGGAGGCGUAUAUCCGCUGUCUGCGCAUGGGCUGUCGCUGCAUUGAGUUGGACUGCUGGGACGGGCCCGAUGGGAAGCCCAUCAUCUACCACGGCUGGACCCGGACCACCAAGAUCAAGUUUGAUGACGUUGUGCAGGCCAUCAAAGACCACGCCUUUGUCACCUCAAGCUUCCCCGUGAUCCUGUCCAUCGAGGAGCACUGUUGCGUGGAGCAGCAGCGCUACAUGGCCAGAGUGUUCAAGGAGGUGUUUGGCGACCUGCUGCUGACGAAGCCCACGGAGGCCAGUGCUGACCAGCUGCCCUCGCCCAGCCAGCUGCGGGAGAAGAUCAUCAUCAAGCACAAGAAGCUGGGCCCCCGAGGCGACGUGGAUGUCAACAUGGAGGACAAGAAAGAUGAGCACAAGCAGCAGGGGGAGCUGUACAUGUGGGACCCCAUCGACCUGAAAUGGACUCGGCACUACUGCGCCAUUGCCGAUGCCAAGCUGUCCUUCAGCGACGACAUUGAGCAGACUGUGGAAGAGGAAGUGCCCCAGGACACGCCCCCCACAGAGCUGCAUUUUGGAGAGAAGUGGUUCCACAAGAAGGUGGAGAAGAGGACAAGUGCUGAGAAGCUGUUGCAGGAAUACUGCUCAGAGACGGGGGGCAAGGACGGCACCUUCCUGGUGCGGGAGAGCGAGACAUUCCCCAACGACUACACCCUGUCCUUCUGGCGGUCCGGCCGGGUCCAGCACUGCCGGAUCCGCUCCACCAUGGAGGGCGGGACCAUGAAGUACUACCUGACUGACAACCUCAUGUUCACCAGCAUCUACGCCCUCAUCCAGCACUACCGCGAGACGCACCUGCGCUGCGCCGAGUUCGAGCUCCGACUCACCGACCCCGUGCCCAACCCCAACCCCCAUGAAUCAAAGCCGUGGUACUAUGACGGGCUGAGCCGUGGAGAAGCGGAGGACAUGCUGAUGAGGGUUCCCCGGGACGGCGCCUUCCUCAUCCGGAAGCGGGAAGGUAGCGACUCCUACGCCAUCACCUUCAGGGCCCGGGGCAAGGUGAAACACUGCCGCAUCAACCGGGACGGCCGGCACUUCGUGCUGGGGACCUCCGCCUACUUCGAGAGCCUGGUGGAGCUUGUCAGCUACUACGAGAAGCACGCGCUCUACCGGAAGAUGAAGCUGCGCUACCCCGUGACGCCCGAGCUCCUGGAGCGCUACAACAUGGAAAGAGAUAUAAACUCCCUGUAUGACGUCAGCAGAAUGUAUGUGGAUCCCAGUGAAAUCAAUCCUUCCAUGCCUCAGAGAACCGUGAAAGCUCUGUAUGACUACAAAGCCAAGCAGAGUGAUGAGCUGAGCUUCUGCCGCGGCGCCCUCAUUCACAACGUCUCCAAGGAGCCCGGAGGCUGGUGGAAAGGAGACUACGGAACCAAAAUCCAGCACUACUUCCCGUCCAAUUAUGUCGAGGACAUUUCAACGGUUGAUGUGGAGGAGCUCGAGAAGCAGAUUAUUGAAGACAAUCCCUUAGGGUCUCUUUGCAAAGGAAUAUUGGAUCUCAACACCUAUAAUGUUGUGAAAGCCCCGCACGGGAAAAACCAGAAGCCCUUCGUCUUCAUCCUGGAGCCCAAGAAGCAGGGUGACCCGCCGGUGGAGUUCGCCACGGACCGGGUGGAGGAGCUCUUCGAGUGGUUCCAGAGCAUCCGGCAGAUCACCUGGAAGAUCGACACCAAGGAGAACAACAUGAAAUACUGGGAGAAGAACCAGUCGAUCGCCAUCGAGCUCUCGGACCUGGUCGUCUACUGCAAACCAACCAGCAAGACCAAAGACAAUUUAGAGAAUCCCGACUUCCGAGAGAUCCGUUCCUUUGUGGAGACGAAGGCCGACAGCGUCGUCAGACAGAAACCCAUUGAGCUCCUGAAGUACAAUCAGAAGGGCCUGACCCGUGUUUACCCGAAGGGACAGAGGGUGGACUCCUCCAACUACGACCCCUUCCGCCUCUGGCUGUGCGGCUCCCAAAUGGUGGCACUCAACUUCCAGACUGGAGACAAAUACAUGCAGAUGAACCAGGCCUUGUUUUCACUCAACGGGAGGACCGGCUACGUCCUGCAACCCGAGAGCAUGAGGACGGAGAAGUAUGACCCCAUGCCGCCCGAGUCCCAGAGGAAGAUUCUGAUGACCUUGACGGUCAAGGUUCUCGGGGCUCGCCAUCUCCCCAAGCUCGGACGAAGUAUUGCAUGUCCCUUUGUGGAGGUGGAAAUAUGUGGAGCCGAAUAUGACAACAACAAGUUUAAGACGACGGUUGUGAAUGACAAUGGCCUAAGCCCUGUUUGGGCUUCAACGCAGGAGAAGGUGACAUUUGAAAUCUAUGACCCAAACCUGGCAUUUCUGCGCUUUGUGGUGUACGAGGAAGAUAUGUUCAGCGACCCCAACUUUCUCGCGCAUGCUACUUACCCCAUUAAAGGAAUCAAGUCAGGAUUUAGAUCUGUUCCUCUGAAGAACGGGUACAGUGAAGACAUCGAGCUGGCUUCCCUCCUGGUUUUCUGCGAGAUGCGGCCAGUGCUGGAGAGUGAAGAGGAACUGUACUCUUCCUGUCGCCAGCUGCGGAGGCGGCAAGAAGAGCUGAACAACCAGCUCUUCCUAUAUGACACACACCAGAACUUGCGCAAUGCCAACCGGGAUGCCCUCGUUAAUGAGUUCAAUGUCAAUGAGAACCAGCUCCAUCUGUACCAGGAGAAGUGCAACCGGAGGUUAAGAGAGAAGAGAGUCAGCAACAGCAAGUUUUACUCAUAGAAGCCGGGGUGCGUGUGUAAGGGUGUUGUGUGUGUGCAUGUGUUUGCAUGUAGAAGAAUGUGCUGUAUUCAGACCAUGGGAUCAUGCUAACCUGGGACGUCAUCCUCUUCAAUCAAGAUGACAUUCCUGAAGAAGGCCCAAUCAGCAUGAGCUGAGUGAUUUCCUCUUAAUUUUUUCGUCUUGGACAAUUUCUUAACUUAUAAUUCUCUAUAGAGGAUCCCAAAAUCACAUUCCUCGUCUUUGGCCGCUUGUGUUCCAAACCUCAUUGAAUAAAAGCAGUGAAAAUCUCAAA